GUAAUAAAAUUGAUGGUGAAGGAUAAUAAUUAGUUAUCUUCAACCCAUGCCUACUUAUUUUCUUUUAUCCAGUUCACAAGCGGCUCAAAGUAAAAUAAUUUCUCAACUUCCGGGUUUAAGUUUCAAUUCAGAAUUUACAGCAUAAGUACAUGUGACAGAAGAUCUACAGUUAUGAGUAUAGAUACAAGAGGCAAUUAAAUAAUGCAAGACAACUAAAUAUGGCUUCAAAUUUUAGUUCAAAACCACCUACAAAGCCAUCAUCUGCUCCGUAUUUCUAUGGUCGUAUAACUCGCGAUGAAGCAGAGGAAAUUCUGAAAGAAAGUGGCGCUGUAGAAGGAAUGUUCUUGUUGAGAGAGAGCAUAAAUCCAUUGGGAAACUAUGCUAUAAGUUUAUGUCAUGCCAGCAAAGUACACCACUAUGUUAUUGAGAAACAGACAGAUGGUACUUACAUGAUUCCGUCGGGGAAGAAAUUUUCAGGGCCUAUAGAACUAAUUUAUCACCACCAGUCACAAAAAGAUGGGAUAGUCACAUUAUUGACUGUGGGAUGUAAUAGACACCCUUCACAAGCUCCUGUUGCAUUUAGGGGCAUGACCUAUAGUGACCUUGAACACGAACUUAUUAGAAAAGCUAACUCGAUAAAGGGAGUGAACAAAGAGCGAGCUUUGGGAGCACAGCGUGAGCAUUUAGUCAUCAUGGUCGCUAAAGAUUUACAUACACGGCAACCCUGGUAUCAUGGGAAAAUAAAUAGAGUAGACUCUGAAAAUAGACUCAGGACUUCAGGACACAAAGAUGGCAAAUUUCUUGUACGACUACGAGAAGACAAGAAGACCUUUGCCAUAUGUAUUAGUUAUCAAAUGGACACAAGACAUUAUUUGAUAGAUAAAGAUGAAAACAAUAAAUUUGGAAUCCAGGAUGGACCGAAAUUUGACUGCAUUAUGAUGUUAGUUGACCACUACCACAACAAGCAAGAUGGGUUAUUGUGCAAGUUAACAGAACCAUGUGCUAGUCCUGGAUUCAACGCAGACCAGCUUAAAAAAUACAUGGAUUGUAAUCUUGGUAACUUAGAUUACUAUUUAAUGAAGUCUACAAGGCGGAGACCCAGUGUACCAGUCCCGCCUAUACCUGGUCAAGAAACCCCUCCUCCAUUACCAUCUGUUGCUAAGCGACCAAGCCUUAAAGAUAGGAUUCUAAAUAAAGUUAAUACAAAAAGAGAAUUACCCCCGACACCAGAUGAGGCACAAAACCGUCUACUAGCAGCUGGUGACUGGGAAGGAUCUCAAGGGAAUAGCCAUAUUGGAUUUGACAGUCGACGUGUUACACUUCAGCGACUUGGGAUGGAUGCUGACAAGUUGGAGGAUAUUUAUGGCAGUGUGCCAAGAACGUUAAAGGAUUUUGAUCUUAAGCGGAGUCAGAUAGAGAUUCAGGAAACACUUGGGUCUGGUCAGUUUGGGUCAGUUUGUAAAGGAAUGUGUACUUUAAGAAGUGGUCAGCCGGUUCCUGUGGCGAUCAAAACUUUAAAACAGGAAGAUUGCCCAUCAGCACAGGAACCGGAGUUGUUAAAAGAAGCUAAAAUAAUGAUGCCCCUUAGUCAUAAACACAUCGUCCGUAUGAUAGGGGUGUGUAAAUCUGAAAGUAUUAUGCUUGUUUUGGAGUUAGCUCCAAUGGGCCAGUUAAACAAUUAUCUCAAAAGUCACAGGGAGACAACUCAAGCCAACAUUGUGGAAUUAUUAUCUCAGGUUGCUAUGGGGAUGGAAUAUUUGGAAUCUAAGAAGUUUGUUCACAGAGAUUUAGCAGCCCGUAAUGUGUUACUUGUGUCGGAACAUUUCGCUAAAAUAAGUGAUUUUGGAAUGUCAAAGGCCCUUUGUAGAGACAAUAAUUAUUAUGAAGCGAAAGAAGCAGGUAAAUGGCCGUUGAAAUGGUAUGCCCCAGAAUGCGUGUACUUUUGGAAGUUUGAUUCCAAAUCAGAUGUGUGGAGUUACGGUGUGACAAUGUGGGAGGCCACUUCCUAUGGUGACAGGCCAUAUAAUAAAAUGAAAGGGCAGGAGAUUUUACAUUUCCUGGUAGAUGAAGGAAAGAGGCUUCCUAAACCGGAGAAUUGUGACGAUGAAGUUUAUGAUGUCAUGUUACAGUGCUGGGAAUAUGAUAAACAUGACCGACCAACAUUCUUGGAGAUUCAGUCGUACAUGUCAAAAAUAUACAGACGAAUGGCGCGGGAAUCUAACAGCUAGCAUACGCAGGGAAAUUAUUUGUUCUCACUCAAUAAUUUAAAUUUCAGGUUUACGUUGGUAAAAAUAUUGACAUUAAUUGUUAUGCAAUCUUGUGUGACAGUUGGGAAAAAUAAUUAUGAACUACUCAAAAACCUACGUACAUUUGUUACAUGUGAUAAGAAUAUUUAUUGCGUUUAAGAUGUACAUUUGUAUUUUUGUUUGAAAUGAGUCUUCUGAUAGUAAAGUACUGUUAAUGUUUAAAUGGUUUUUAAUGGUUUUUAUUAUAAAUUUGAUGUAUCAGUUAAAAUAUAGCUCAAUAGCUUUUUCUUGAAAAUCACUUUUUAUUGUUAGCUGAGAUAGGAUUUUUUUGUCCCAAAAUCUUACUUUUAACUUUUAUUUUUUUAAGUGAUCCAUUUUUCUAACAGUCUAGAGUGAUUUAUUUCUCCUCCCAUAAGUGGACCUUCUAUCAUUUACAAAAAAGCUAUGGGUCCAAAAUAAAAACAAAAAUGACAUUUUGUCCUAAAAUUGUUUCUUAAAAUCAGCAGUUGGCUGUAAGUUAUUGUUGUAGAAUAGUAGUACAUUAAACUUUGUUAUUGCAUAUAUCUAAAUACCAUCCACCUGCUUUUUACAACAACUAUGUUUCUUAUUUUAUUUAAUAAUUUUAUUUCUUUAAAGUGUAUAAAGCUAAAAUAUCUGCUGCAAAAAUAAAUUAAAAAAGAAUGCUUCAAAAAUGCUUAUAUGGUAAUAAAUAUGGAAGUAUAUUGACUUAAAAACAAAAUGGUGUAUGUAUGAAAUCAUUGCUUAAUGGUUAAAAAAAACCUACUUACAUUGUAUAAUAGCAGAAAAAUGUGUUGUUCAAAACAUUUUAUUCUGUUCAUGUACAAUAUCCAUGAGUAUUAAUUUAAAGAAACUUUUUUUGCUUGAUUGUGGAAACAAUAUAAUUUUAGUGUUGAUUAAUUUUUAAAAAGUAUUCCAUAAGAUAUUCAAUGACUAUUGAAUUUUUCAUAAAUAAGGGCACUUUUUUUUUCAUGCAGUACCAAUUAGAUUGUUUUUUAUUAUGAUAAAUGGCUGUAAAUACGGGACUGAUUCUGAACUUUCAGACUGUAAUUGUCUGUUGAAUAGAUAUUGCUUUAAAAUUUGAGUUUUUAACUUUUAAAGCUUAAGCCUUAAAAAUGUAUAGCUUUAACAGACAAAAUAUACAACAAAAAUUUCAAAGUCUAUAAAAUCACUUUCUUUAGUUAUUAUUGUGCUGUUAUAUAUGGAACGAGUUAUAUCAGAAAGACAUCUUAAAUCUUUUUUUUUAAACAUGAUUUUCAAAAGAAACAGAAUAAGAUAUUCCCUAACAAUGUUUUCGACUGCUAUUUUUAUAAUGUUGAGUAAUAAUUUUUUCUCCAGCUUUUUUUUUUAAACACAAGCCUCAUACCCUUUUAAUUUACAAUGUCAAAGGUCCUCAGAUGUAAAUUAAGAAUUUUGAUGGAAUUUAUUGAAAUGAUAAAUCUCAGGACUGUCACACAAGUUUACUAUACUGCUGUUGUUUAUUUUGUUGUUGUUUUUGUUUGCUUAUAAAGUGAAGUUAGUAUCAGUUUUAUAAAUAAAAGUUCUAUUUUGUAUUAAUCAUUUUUGUUGCCAAGCUUUAUCAUGUUAUAUCAAACAGUAUGUGUGUAAUUUCCAAGAAUGUCGCAUUUAAGAAGUGCCGUACGUGCAUGUACACAUUGUAGUACAAGAUUGAAUAAGAUUGACCUUCUGUCCAUCAAUUUAUGAUUUAUUUGUUGUUUUCUUUUUAAUAUUGAAUAUUAUUAAGUUUGUACUGUUUAAAGGGGUUCUCAUAUCAAUGAUAAUUUUGUUACUGGUUACCAGUUUAAUGUUUUGUUAAAAAAAAUAUUAAAAAAAUCUGGAUUACACCAGAAAAUUCUAUGUUAUUUCUGGUUGAUAUCAGAUUAUUUUUACUCAUUUCUGGUUUGUUCUGGCUUUUCUUUGCACAAUGUCUGGUUUAAACUGACUUAAAAUACUGUAAGAAGUUUUUGAUCAAUACAAGGAAGUAACAAGACAAAAUUUCUGGUUUUGUGAAAAUUUUGGUAUAUUGAAGAGUUAAAGUUUGAGUAUGUUAACUCUAUUUUAGUGAGGUAAAACUAUAAUACAUUUACGUGUACACUAUAUGAUUUUGGAAAGUCUCAACUUCUCCUCGGUUUUAAAUGACAAUCUAAUACAUUUGUACAUGUAGUUAUUCUGUUGAUGUUUAAAAUUAAUAUUAUAAAUUUUGAGAAGAUUUUUUAGGAAUUUCACACAUCUUAACACUUUAAUUACCUCAGGAAAGAUGUAGUAAGUCUUUAGGAUAUCUUAUUGUUUUAUCAUAUUAAAUAUUUAGGUAAUUUUUUUUCAGUAAAAUAUAACCAUAGAUACAAUUGCAUUUAUUUAGUUACUGUAAAUAUCUCCUUAUCUAUAUAGAUAGUUCUACAUUUGACAGAAGAAAAACAGGUCAUUCAAAAAUACAAAAAGACAGGGGGUAAACAUUUGAUAUAUAUUUAGUAUUGAAAGGAAGAUAAUGCAAAUGCUUGAUUGUGACAGUAAGUUGUUUAAAUUAUGUCCCUUGUUGUUUUGUAUGACUGACAUCAAAUUUAACAUCAAGAAUGAUGUUUCUUUAUGUGUCAUCCACAUAGUUCUUUGUUUACAGAGCCUGAGAAUUGUGUCUAUAUUAGGAGGCGGGCAUUUAGUUAGUAGGAAGCUGAGAUAAAAAGCUAUGAAUAGUCAUCAUGAUAUCAUUUUUGCAAUGUGUUAUAGCACUGUUUUUUGUUUAAUUUAAGUUAACGUUUUAUCCGUCAAACAAAAAGUUUAGCAUUAGGCCAGUUUCUCUUUCUAUUUAUGUGAUUGUCUUCCUUCAUGAUUGAUAUUAAAUGUUCGCAACCUACCCUUGCCAUUAUAUCAGGAAAACUUUAUGAAAAAAGACCUUUUCUGCCUUUUUUGGAAAAAAGUACCUUGCCUCAAUUUGGAUUUUUUUAGUGUCUUAGGAAUAUUGAAAUUUCAAAAAAAAGUUCAUGACUACCUUAUACACGAGUUUAAAGUUUUUAUUUAUAUGUAUGCUCAUAUUACAUGAUAUUUCUUUUAAGAAACAAGUACAAGAAGUCCAUUUUAACUUUGGGCAAAAAUUCCCAUAACUAUGGAGAUGUAAGAGAUUUUUUAAUUAAAGGGGCCUGAUUUUAGUUUUGACACCAUUGCCCCUCACGGCUGUCAGUUAGAAUCCCACCAAGUACUUUGGGCUUUUCCAUAUUCAGGAGGAGGUCCAAAGGUUUGUGUGUGCUUGAAAAGUUGGUUUUACAUCAAACAUCUCUUCCCCCCCCCUUCACUUCAAACUAAAGAAAUAAAUUAGAAAUCUAAAAAUUGAAGAAAGAAAUAGACAUUAAGCCAAAGGCAUUUACUUGGUGUGUGUGUAACAGAAAUAAGUUAAAGAAAUGCAUUGUUAUAGUGUAUAGAUAGAAAUUGUACUAUGAUGUGGAUUUUUACUAAUGAACUGUAAAAUUACUUUCAGAAAGUUUGCCAAUAUCUAGUUUAGGCUCUGUUGCUGUGAUCAGUAAUAUUAAAUUGACCAUAAAAUGACAGGUAGUGUCACUGGAAUAAGUCAACAUUAUAGUAGACUAGGAAUUUGUUUAUCAGUUAUAUUAGUUAUAUUAUAUAUGCUGAAUGACAAACUCAGUUUAAUGUCCCACAUCAUGUUAAAACAUUUAGCCAUCUGGGCUUUUUAUGAGACAGUCAUUUGAACCCUGCUCUAAACCCCUGGUGGAUAGUGGUGGAAGGGAUGUUGCAAGUUUUUACCUUUUGUCUGAACUGGGCUGUUUUUGUUUUGGUGCCAAAAUGGAAAUGGAUAUUUGUAAAGUGUUAAAUGGAGAUUUUGAUGAUUGAUUGUCGACCAACGAGAGAGUGGUGCUUAUAUCAGGCUUUUAAAAAUUCAAAAUGAAGUUUCUUCCAUUCCAGGAGUGUUAGUUAGGUGUUGUUACGGUUGAGUGGUGUGUUAUUAAAGGUGAUGAUUUCAUAAUUCUGAUGUGUUGGUGUUGAAUGUACUUUAAAAAGUGAACAAAGAGGAAACUUAUGUUUAAAAUGAGUAUUAGCAACAUUCCAUUCUGGUAAAAAGAAAAUAGUAUUUACAAAAGGUAAAAAAAGCUUGCUCAAAUUGCUCAACCCUUUUUGUUGCCGUUAAGAUGGUUAGAUGCAUUACAUUCACAAAUUUAGUGUUAAUUUAUGACGGGUAUGCCUGCCAUAAAAAGUAGAAAAUCUUUUACCUGAAUUAAUAUCUUAUUUUCAUAUAUAUCCCUUAAUAGGUUGCAAAUAAAUCAUUUUCUAACAGUUUUUUGUAUUUUCCAAAUACAUGUACAGAUGUGUAAGCAUUUGUUAAGCUUUUUUUUACCUAAAUAAAUUCCUGUAAUUUAAAGAAAUUUCUGUGGCAGAUUAACCAUACUAAUACAAAAGUGUCUCGUGGUGAUGAGAGGGUUAUUAAAAACUAUGACAAUUUGUUAAGAAUUAAUAGUGUCGGUAUAUGUUCUAUUAUUUGUAAAACUCUUUAGAUUAUAGAGAUAAAUGUUAAUAAAAUCUUUAGAUUAAAAUGAUAAUCAUAAAAAAUCACCUGCCAUUUGUUUACUGUGAUAGUUUGCAUUUUUGUUCGAUUUCGUUUGAUUUUUUUGUCUGAAUUUUUUUUUUCGUAUUUUGCAUAAUACAUUUUUAGUGAGAAUUAAUUUUAGAUGUGUGCAUGGAAUUCUCAUGAAUUUUCUUUUCUCAGCCUAGCCUAUGUAAUAUUAAUUGCAUAAUUAUGUCAUCGAUAAAUCUUCCUUUUGAAUAUUUGAAAAAAAAGAAAAAAAGGUGAAUAUAAUUACAAGUUUCCAUGUAUACAAAAAUAUUCUUAUUCUCUAUGCAAUUGUAAAAGAUUUGACCAGGUGCCUCAUGGCUGAGUGGUUAUGGUGACCUUAGUACUAGACCAUAUCUCUGUAGGUUCAAAUCCCUUGGGGGAAUUUAUAUACCUUCAUCUCACAAAAGUAAAUAAGCCACGCCAUGACAAAACCAACAUAGUGCGUUUGCGACCAGCAUGGAUCCAAACCAGCCUGUGCAUCGGCGCAGUCUGAUCAUGAUCCAUGCUAUUCGCUAUCAGUUUCUCUACUUGUUAUACCGUUUGUAAGCAAACAGCAUGGAUCCUGAUCAGAAUGCGGAGAGGCGCAGGCUGGUCUGGAUCCAUGCUGGUCGCAAACCCACUAUGUAGGGUUUUGUCAUGACACGGCUCAAAUAAGGUUGGUAAUUCUGAGGAACCCAGCCUAUGCUUGAAUUAGUUACAUGACUGGUAACCUGGGGCCAUAUGACAUUCACAGUGUCAGUUUGACCAACCGAAAAAUAAAAAAAGUGGUAAUUUUGGAUACUUGCAUGGAUAUUUUUUAUGAAUAUUUUUAUAUCAAGUACAUGUAUGUAACAGUUAUUGCAGUGUUUUGUACAUUUCUAAUUUGAAUCUUUGAUGAUAUGGGAGAACAUUAUGCAUAAUACUUUUGUGUUUGAAUUUUUUAAAAUACAGGGGAAAACUUAGUUUAUAAUGAACAUUUAAGCCUUCAUGUAUAUAUACUUAGAUAUUCUUUCAUCAGUUGAUGAGUUGUAUAAAUUAAGCUGUGUGUCUCUCUGAUGAAAGUGUGAUAUGAUUUAUAUUUCACUUGUGAAAAUUUCACUUUUUUUACUUUACUGUAUUAGCAUAAGAUGAAUUGUUAUAUCAAUAAUAAAACUGAUUCUAGUUAUAUUCUAGUUAUAUAAUGAUAUUUUAAAAGGAUCAUAGUAAAAUGUAUCUCACUUUAUUGUAGACAACAUCUAGAUUUAGCCAAAGAAUCUUCUGAUUUUUUGUUUGCUUGUGUGUUUGUUUUUUCUUAUGAUUUGUGAGAAUUUAUGUAAAUAGAAUUUGUUAAAUGUUAUUUUGUUCCAGAUUAUGUUUGUUCUUAAUUAUUAUAAAAAUCAUAGUGAAGUAUUAUGCAAAAAUUAUAUAUCAUUAAUUUGUCAUUAUAGUUCAAGUCUGUGUCUUUAAUAUUUUAUUAUUAUCUACAAAAAUAAAACAUUCCAUGCUAUACUUACAUUUCUAUUGUUUCAUGAUAUCAUAAUUUUUAUUUGAUAUAUAAUGUAGUACAUGUAGUUGUUUUAAUUGAUGCGUGUAUGAUGGAAAUUACAAUAUCAUAGGUACAAGUUUUCAGAUAUUUGCCAGAAAGUUCAGAUUUUUUCUACUCCUGAAAGCCGUCUUUUUCCUUAUAAAACCAAUUGAAAUGAUACUAAAAUCAGGGUUUUCAGGUCAGGUUUUCUUAUAUUUUUCACUUUCACCCAUGUAUUAUUAUAUCAGUGAGAUAUUUUUGAUAUCUCUCACUAUUUAAACAUCAAAUCAGCAUAGACUAGAUACAGAAACUGUUUUAAUACAAGUGAACUUGUCACACAAAUACUGUAUAUUAAAAUUUUUCAAACCAAAUCUGCAGUUCUCACUUUUUAACUUGUUUUCAAUGCUCUUUGGGGAUGGGGUAGGGAUUCUCCCCUUUUCCAGAUUUUCUAACUGCUUGUCAUAAGAACAGAAUUUUCAGAUUUUAGGUGUGUUAACAACUUAUUUACUAUUGAAAGUGAAAUAUUUCAAUUAAGACAGGCAUUUUUUUUUUGAUUGUUCAAAUUAACAUAGUUAUAUCCUCUCUUUAAAAUGGAAAAAUAUUUGUACAACAGCAUUUUCACCAAUACAAUAUAAUUUUGAGUAGCAUUUAGAGAUUCAACAAUCUUUACAUAAUUAAAAGUUGAAUGUUGAAAGUUGUCCAGUGUAGGGGAUAGCACAGAAGGGCAGGUGGGGGUGAAGCUGGAUUGUCGCCAUGUUGCCUCCAGAGUGUCAAGUUGACCAAUAAUCAAGUAAGCGACCUAAGAAUGCCUCUGUCCGCUUAUUUGUCUUUAUUUGGAAACAUUUAUAUAAUGUAUUAUCUAAAAAAUCAUAAGUUUUCUGACCUUGGAUAAGGAUUAAAAAUUUUGUUAUUGAUUAUAAAGAUUAAAAUCUUAUUAUGGAUUAAAAUACAAUCAGAUUGAAAGUACAAUGUUAUUGAAAUAGGAAUAUUUUAUUUCAGGUAUUGAUUAGUUAAUGUCCAGUAAUUUUGUUUUGUAGUUUAUUUAACAAUAUAAUGUCAAAUAUAAGUUCUUAUGGGUAAUAACUUAAAUGCACUUGUACUGACAGACUGGUUUGUCAUUUUGUGACAUUUUUUUUUAAGCUGUCAAAAUUCAUCCUUUUUUAUACAAUGUCUUUUUUAGAUUAUAAUGUAAAUAUAUAUAGUUUUAUAUUUUGAAUAAAUGUUUCAGCAGAAUUUCUUAUUAUUUUCUGUCAAACAAAAAAAUGACAUUUAGGAAUACUAUUGUAAGUGUAUAUUACAAACUACUUGUUUCACUUGUUUUGGUGCUCAAGAUAUCAAUUCCAUAUAACCUUGACAUAAUGGCCGUAUUUGUUUACCUUUUUGAAAUAUAAACCUUUUUUUAGUGUGUGUGUAUUGUUAAGCAGAACUGUAAAUAAGAAUAAGUGGUGUCAUGUAGAAAUAUUUGUAUAAAUAUCUUCUGUGUUAUAUAUAGGAAGCAUUGGCUAUUGGCUAGUGCUAUAUGAAUUGUUGACAUAAUUAUAUGCAUGUAGGCAUGCUCUUUAAUUAAACUAUACAUUGUACUACAAACUCUCUUGUUACUGUUAUCUUUUGAUAAUAAAAUAUUUUCAUACUUGUAAA